AAAGCGCCACAGUAAGGGGAGGCAGGGACAGGGGAAAGGGGCUUUUCUAUGGCCACCUUAAAAGCCAUGAUCAAGCGCCCGGGCUUAAUAGAAGAUAUCCUAAAUUGUUUAUCAAAAUAAUGAGAAAAUAUAUUAAUCUUUGUAAAAGUAACUUGAUCUGCACGGAGUCUGGAAGUCCAUGACUCCGGAUCCACGAGGGGGAAUAAUUUUACAAAAAAAGUAAAGCGCGCGCGUAAUAUGAAGUUGUUCUGGUAGGUGAUUAAAACGAUCAGUACUGGACAUGAUCCGAAAUUACAAAAAACUACAGAGAAGAAAAUCGGACCAAUUUUAGAGUGAAUUGGGGACAUUUAAAAGUCUAAAUUUAAUGUCAGGUGAAGGUUCUUGUCUGUGUAUGGUCUGAUUCUAUUUUGACAAAGUUACAGGUAGGCCUAAUUUGACUUCUUAACUUCUAGAGUGCAUGUUUGGCUGCAGUUAAGGAAGGUAUGAGUGGAGGUCGCUUUGAAUUUGACGAUGGAGGUGCUUACUGUGGUGGCUGGGAGGGUGGAAAGGCACAUGGCCAUGGGAUCUGUACCGGACCGAAAGGACAGGGGGAGUUCUCCGGCUCUUGGAAUUAUGGGUUUGAAGUGGUUGGAGUCUACACCUGGCCCAGUGGAAACACCUUCGAAGGGUACUGGUCGCAGGGAAAGCGUCACGGGUUAGGCGUUGAAACUAAAGGACACUGGGUUUACAAAGGAGAAUGGACUCACGGCUUCAAAGGGAGAUAUGGCACACGUUUGAGUAUAGGUAGUGGCGCAAAGUAUGAAGGAACAUGGAAUAACGGAUUGCAAGAUGGAUACGGCACAGAGACGUAUGCUGAUGGAGGCACCUUCCAGGGUCAGUUUACAGGUGGUAUGCGACAUGGAUAUGGGGUGCGUCAAAGUGUGCCCUAUGGCAUGGCGGCGGUGGUGCGCUCCCCUCUCCGCACCUCCCUGACCUCUCUCCGCAGCGAGCACAGCAACGGCACGCUGCUCCAGCAGGACGCGCCCGUCAUCACCACCACCAACGCCUCCGGCCAGGAAACCCCCGUCUCCACCCCCACCCAGCUGGGGCCCUCCCGCGGGGGCUUCGCCCUCACGCUCCAGAUCGACCCAGAGGCCGUCAAGCCCAAGAAGAAAGGCCUGUUCCGCCGUGGCUCCCUGCUGGGCAAGCUGAAGAAGUCCGACUCCCGCACCUCCCUGUCCAGCCAGAAGAGCAAGAUCAGCUUCCUGAGGACCGAGUCAGCCCUCAGCUCGGCGGCCAGCGAUGCCAACUCCACCAUCAGCCUGGGCGACGACAGCCUGGCCGGCGUGGAGGACUUCCCCCCCGUGGAGGCCGACAUUGAUGCCACCACCACCGAGGUCUACAUGGGCGAGUGGAAGAACGACAAGCGCUCCGGCUAUGGAAUAAGCGAGCGGUCCAGCGGCCUCAAGUACGAGGGAGAGUGGCUGGACAACCAGCGCCACGGCUACGGCUGCACGACCUUUGCGGAGGGCGGGAAGGAGGAGGGGAAGUACAUGAACAACAUGCUGGUGAAGGCCAUGAAGAAGAGGGUGAUCCAGCUGAAGGGCACCAAGAUCAAGCAGAAGGUGGAGCGCAGCGUGGAGGGAGCUCAGAGGGCGGCGGCCAUUGCCAAACAGAAGGCAGAGAUCGCUGCCUCCAGGACCUCCCAUGCCAAGGCCAAGGCAGACGCAGCAGACCUGGCCUCCCAGGCCUCCAACAACGAGUCCAGCAUCGCCAGGGUGGUGGCCCGAGAGCUCUCCCCCUCCUUCAUCCAGCCAGGGCCAGAGUACAUGAAGAAGAGAGCACUUCAGGAGAUUGUGGAGGGCAAUGAGAAUGCAGAGACUAUCAUGCACGAGCCCCUCUUAGCAGAGGAGCCCCCGCCCACCCCCCCGGAGAGCCCUGUGAUGCACGAGCUAGACAGCCUGAUGCCUGUGUCCACGCCUGCCCGCACCCCCUCUCCCAGCCUGGGCAUCAGCAAGGAGGAGCCCCACCUUCUCAGCCCCGGGAGCUGGAAUGGAGACAAGGCCAGCAGCAAAGGUAGUGGUAGCCGAGGAAGUAGCCUGGCCAACAGCAGGCCCAGCAGCCGACCCACCACCCCCGCAUCCAUCCCCGUCCCUGCCCCUGCCCCCGCCCCCGCCCACCCUGAGGAGCGCGCCAGCGGCAGCCGCGGUCCCUCUCGCACCCCGAGCCGCCAAAGUAACGUGGCUGAACAGGGCUCCGACUUAGAGAUUAAGCCGCUGCAGAAAAUGGACACCGAGGUGAAGGUUCCAGAAGCUGCCCCAGCAUCUGCCCCAGCCUCUGUAAGGACCAGCCUCAUCUGCUCAGAUGAAGAAGAACCGCUACCCCCCUCCAAACCGUCCUCCAAAGCUGUUACCCCAGAGCCCAAUGCAGGCGAGCUCAAGCAGAGAGCAGGCACGCGCGAGUCUCUCCACGAACGCCCGCCCUCUGCUGUCGAGAACAAGGUUGAGGAGCGAAAGCCUGUCAGCAAAGCUGAACCCAAGCCUUCGCCAAAACGAGAGCCCAGCCCGGCUCCAAAACCCACACUUGAACCCAAAGCAGUGUCCGCUCCCACCAAGCCAGCUGCCAAACCAGCACCAAAGGUGGAGCCUAAAGCCGAGGCAAGACUCAAAACUGUAAUGAAGACCCCAAGUGAAAUCAUAGACUCUUUAGAAGAUGACCAGGGGCCAAACACUGUUAUGAUCUGCAUGGUUAUACUACUGAACAUCGGCCUGGCUAUUCUCUUCGUUCACAUCUUGUCAUGAGACAUUGGCGACCCAGGUUACCGUCCUGCAUUUGAGAGGGGUGUCCCAUAUUUUCAGCCAGGACCAGAGAGAUCAGAGACUACCAAGACACCCAAGCCUUAUAUGGCCGCUUCCAGCUCUUCUGCAGGUUCUGUUGAUGUAACCGUGUGAGAUUUUUUGAAGCAAAUGCUUUUACACAGGGUGGGCAGAUCUGUACGCCGGAUUGAAGGACAACCCAUCUGCAGUCAUUCUGAUCAUCUGAAUUUCACAACUGAUGUCUGUGGACAUUGGGGGAGCCAUAUUGUUCUUCAUCAGUAAGGACCCUAUACUGGAGACAGUGUAGCUCGCUAUGCACCUAGGGCCUCUGAAGGAUGAGUCACAGUCUGGGUCAUUGUUUUGUAAAGGGCUGGAAACUCUUACUGGCCAAACUUGAUGUGGCCUCACAACUAGUUAGCAGAUGGACUGUUAAUACUGUAGUAGACAUUUGACUGAUAGCUUGUCAGUAGGAGAGUACAUGCUUGGGAUAUCUCAACCUAGACUUCUCCUUUUUGCCUUGAAAUUAGGUAGUAUAGAUGAAGAUGGUGGUGAUGAUGACGAUAAUGAGAAUGGUUUGGGAGUAACAGACAUUUCUAUUGCCGGAGAUCAUGGUACAAAGCUAGCCUGUUUUCUUUUUGCAAUAAUGUCAAUUUUCUUGUAUGAAGUAGAUUUAUUUUCAUUUCCUUGGGCUUUUAGUAAGAUAGGAAUGUGCGUCGGCAUUGGUGAUGAUGUGUCACACUAACCGUCACAACAGUGGAAUGCACUGGUACUGUCCAUCUUAAGGAUCUCCUCAUUCACUCUUCUUCACAAGACAUAGGUGUCACACUGGAGGAUGUUUGUGUUCAUGUUUAUAGCAAAUGUUUUGAGCAGGAUGUUUAAAAGAAACAUAAGUGCAAGUCGGUGGGAUCUUUUCGAAACCAUCAUAUUUUGAUUUGUUAACUCCAUUAUGUAGAGACUUGAAGGGCCCAUCUGAGUGUCUUCAGUCAGUCUUUGUAGUGUCUCUGUUGUGUAUGAACACAAUUGGCAUCUACUGCUGUCUGUUUGUGAGCACAUAAUGAAAACACUUGAUUGAGUGAAUCAGAUUGACAAAGAGAUCUGUAUGUUUUGCCUUGGAAGCAGAUGAUUGAAAUGAGAACUUCAAUACUUCAGUUCAAGGACAUGGGUUGGGAGUGGAUGUACAUUGAUGAUUUCAGAGAUGGUGCUGAAUAUAUGGGAUUAUAGACAGUAUAUAUGACUAUGCAAAGGUUGUUAGGAUAAUGGAUUAGUUUGAGAGUAUUUUUGCUGUUAGGCUUUAUGGUCUGUGAGAUUCUCAAUAGCAUGGAUACUAUUGGAUAACAACAGGUUAUGCUUCAAUAAACCAAAUAAUCAGUUUUUUUCUCAACUUUUGUAUGCAUGUGAUCACUUUGUGUGUGUGUUUUUUGUACCUUUUUGAAGUACACAGCUUUUCAAAUCAAUCAAAAUACUCUGUUAUAACAUUAUUUGUGAAAAACAAUAUCCAACUACACAUACUUUAUUUAUUAUCCUAUAAAGUCAAUUACCUCAAGUUUGGGUGAUGGGGGAAAAUGUAGUUUGAUAUAGUGGAACUCCAGGUCUUACACACAUAUCGACAGCACUCAGAAUGUGCUUUUCUAAAACAUGAUUAGUAUGUUUAUUGUUCCUACAUCCAAAUGAUUGUCUUCCGUUCUGCAUAAUAGGCUAAUGAAGAAUUCAUGAACUCAAUCUCUGUUGAUGUGAUAUUAUAGACAGAAUGAAUGCCCUGCUCACCCCACUGGUGAUGUAUUCGAUUUUAAUGCAGACACACCCUCACGUCAAAGAAGCUUUCCCACACAAUAACAACGUGUUAUCCCGAAAAUGUAAAGUUAAUCAUUUUUGUAAACCAUGGCUUGUACAAACAAAUAAUAAAAUAUUCAACAUAGUUCCGGGUUGUUAUGUACUAUAAAGUAGUCAUAACAUGUCAGUUUCAUUCCCAGUUAGAGGCCAUUUUGUUUUGUCACUGGAGCCCAUGAAUUUUGGAUGUCAUUUCAUGUGUAGGUUUAAAUGACUAAAUGUAAAACAAUAAAUUUAUUUUACAACUCUG